AGCAUAAAUCACUAAUUAUUUAACUUCUAACAUUUGCUCACUCAAUACUUGGUCAUUAUUUCUGGACAUCUGCUUGUCCUUGGAUAGAGAUAAAUUCGGAAGGAGGCUAGAAGAGUGUAUCUUGAUGCCUGCCUGCUGCAUCUCAAUCUACCCACAAAGUGAGGCAAUCCAGCCUUGUGUGGAGGCCUUGCCUGUUUUGAUAUUUGUUAAGUCUGUUUUCCUUUUGCUGAGGGUCUCUUAUCCAAACAGAACUGCCUUACAACAUGCUUUGUAGUCCACAAUACUAUACCUAUACUAUUUGCAACAUUUAAAAACUAUUGCAGUUUUGCAAGCAAGAAUUAAUCACAUAAUUCAGCAAUUAUAUCUCUAAAAUACACUACUAACAUAUAUGUUAUUUUUACUUUUUCACAUCAGCCAUUUCUAAGGACAAGUUACAAAAUACAAAUACACUGUCCUCUAUUUCUCCAGUUAAAUUCCCCCAUUCUGAUAUCUAAUGCAGAAACAACAUUCCAUUCCUACAUUUUCAACUCACACGAUUGUAUGAGUUGAUUGUAUGAACGUCUAAGCUAUAUGGCACUGGAAAAGAGAAAUACUGCUCUAAACUGGAGUAAUGUCAAUGAAGGCCUAUGAUACUGAUGGAAGACCUGCACAGCACAGGGCUGGAGCUGCCAGGGACUGCCAGAGGUGAGCCCUUACACACCCAGCAAAGGACAAGACAGCAAAGUGAGCCAUGUCUCAGUGCUUCAUCCACUUUACUGGCAUACGAAUGCACCCUAGCUACUCAAUCCCUGGGUUUUCCCUUGCAGCUGCCUGGAUGGUGGGCACUUCAUCACGGUAUUGGAGCAGUGUGUGAAGGGGGAGGAAUAGAGGUCGAUGUGCAUAAAGAGACGCUGUCCCUUUACAUUGUUUGGCCAACAACACGGAGACCACCCCCGCCCCGUGGUCGGCGAGCAAAGGGAGAAGGCAGCGACAGCUCCGGCUUCUUAACCAGCCAACACCGGGACGCACCCACGGCCAACGCAACGACCGCACCAGCGCCUCCCCCGGGCGUGCAGGGAGGAGCAGGGUGCGGGCUGGGCCCUCCCCGCCCCGCCGGCCUCUCGCGAUGUUGCUAGGGGCCCCACGAGACUCGGAAGCGGGCGCCGCCGGUUGCUACGGGCCGCGGCUGGGGGAGACGUGCGGCCGCCGCCGAGGGAGGGCAUCGCCGCCCCAAGAUGUCUCAGUUUACAAAUGAAGAUGAAGCUCUGUUACAGUCCAUGCUUAGACAAUUGCUGCAAAGUGUGAAGGAAAAAAUCACUGGGGCUCCAUCAGUGGAAUGUGCAGAAGAGAUUCUCUUGCAUUUGGAGGAAACUGAUGAAAAUUUUCACAACUAUGAAUUUGUGAAAUACCUUAGGCAAUAUAUAAAUAAUGCUCUGGGCUCUGUGAUUGAAGAAGAAUCAGAAAAAUGUACUUUUACUCAAAAUCAGAGUGAAGUUUCUGGCUAUGAUACUCUUGUCCAACACGUUACUAAGAAGACGCGUGAAUCAAAGCAAUACAGAGAAAUGAUGCAUGCCUUGAAGAAUGUCAUGAUGGUUGUGGUAGAGUCUUUAAUUAACAAGUUUGAAGAAGAUCAGAUGUGUAAUAAGGAGAUGGAUAGUAAAACCAAGAAAAAAUGUCAAAGUGAUUAUUAUACAGACAACUACUCCGACAGUGACUCUUCAUUCAAUCAAAGUUAUACAUUCAUGAGUCAAGAACAAUUGCAGCUGCUUGUGGAAAAGCUUGACCCUGUUCAGCCUAAGGAAGUUCGCCAAGAAGCAUUACAGACACUGUGCUUGGCCCCUCCGUCUGAUGUUUUGAACUCUGAGUGUUGGCCAAAUCUGCGUAAGCACCUGACGAUGUCUCUGUCAGAUCCUGAUGAAAUAUUCAGGGAGAAAAUUCUUAGGUUUUAUGCAAAAACCUUUUCUUCAUCUCCAUUUAAUAUGACAAGAGAAGUCUAUACAAGUUUAGCACAACAUUUGGAGUUUUACUUCCUUUCUGGAGAAUAUUCUCUUCGUAUUUCAUCAGGUCUGGAUGUAUCUAAUGCAGACACAAAUCAUAUACUUAAAAAGGUUCGUCUGUUAAAUGAAUACCAAAAGGAAGCUCCAUCUUCCUGGAUUCGUUAUCCAGAAAAGUACAUGGAGGAAAUAGUGGAGAGUACCUUGUCACUGUUGUCAGUAAAACAUGAUCCUAAUCAUCCUGCCUCUUCAGACUUCUUAAGUCCAAUCUACUUUUUGGCUCUGAUGGAUAUCAAGGCUAUAUGGUUUAAAAAGUGGACGCAUGCACAUUACAGCAGAACAGUGAUACUUAGGCUUUUGGAAAAGAAAUAUAAAUCUUUGAUUAAUGCAGCUGUACAGCAAUGUCUUGAUUAUUUUGAAUUUUGCAAGGCGGCAUUUAGUAAAACUUCAAGAGUCAAUGACUUCUCUCAGCAGCAUUCUAAUAAUGAGCAGAAGUUUUUUUAUACUGGAUCAGAAUUGCAGUACAUCUAUUUUGUUCAUUCAUUAUGCCUUUUAGGCAGAUUGUUGAUUUAUAAGCAAGGCCGAAAUCUCUUUCCAGUACAACUGAAAAACAAAAAAGAUUGCGUAUCCCUAACUGAUCUGUUGGUAUUAUUUACUCAACUUAUUUAUUACUCUCCAAGUUACUCAAAGGAGGCUUUGACAGCACAUACAGACAAUUAUUCUCCAGGAAGUCUCGUUAUGGAGAUUCUGCAAGUGUUUUGUGAUCAAACAGGGUGUGCUACUGACUGUUUAUAUACAGAUGCAGUGAUGGAUGCCCUACUUAAGCCUCUUCAAAGUUUACUGAAUGGUACAGAGGUAUUUAUAAAUUGCCUUGAAACCACUUUAAUUGAUGUUGCUGAUAUUUUGGCAAGGAUUGCUGCUGCAGAAGAUGGUCUUUCUGUUCUUCUUUAUGGAGGAAAUAAAAGCUCUGCAAAAGAAAAUAGUCCUACAGCUGUUCAUAUAAUUGUUCAGUUUACAAAGAAACUUCUUCAUGACGACAUUUCUCUUUUAUCUGGAUCCGAGCUUUUGCAAGUUGUUAAAGGAGCUUUCAUUUUUGUAUGUCGUCAGAUGUACAGAACAUGUGAAGGCCUGCAGAUGCUAAUUCCUUAUGACUUACAUGAAUCAAUUGGAGAGGCCUGGAAAAAGGCAAGUUUGCUUUCAGAAAGAGUACCUACCCCUGUAACUUGUGCAGACUCCACAUUAUCAAUAAGUCUGGACUCAAAAAAUAUUGCAUUAUGGGAAGAAACUUUGCUAGAUGCCCUGCUAAAUUUUUCAGCCACACCUAAAGGAUUAUUUUUGCUUCAUAAUACUGGGACCAUGAGUGACUGUGUGAACUUUAUGUUCAACAGUUUAUCAAAAAAACACCAGACAAAUGAACAUGAAGAAUUUGAUAAUGGAGUGAUUGUUGCACAAAUGGCGACAACACCAACAGCUGCAGUAGCUCUACAGAGUUCAGGGUUUAUAAAGGCAUUUGUAGCUGAACUGUGGGCUCUUUUGGAGUGUGGAAAAGAUGAUGUGAGGAUAACUCAACCCAAAUCUACUCCAGUUGACCCUAUUGACCAAAGCUGUCAGAAGUCUUUUCUAUGUCUGAUAAAUUUGCUCACUUACCCUGCAGUUUUUGAGCUACUGAGUAAACAGGAUAUACCAAAUAAACCAAUGUAUUCACACCGUGAAGUACCCACAGACAUUAUUAAUAUCAUUGACAGAAUUAUAAUUUUGAACUCAGAAGCAAAAAUUCAUUCCUUAUUCAAUUAUGAACAAUCGCAUGUCUUUGGUUUACGGUUGUUAAAUGUGCUAUGCUGUGAGCUUAAUACCCUUUUGCUCUUGGAGACUCAGUAUAAAGUGUCACAAGUUUUACUCACUGCUCAGGAAGAAAAUGUCACAGAAGCUUCAGAAGGACCAGGAGAUUUUAUCGUUGAUAGUCUAUCAGUUGAGAGAAACCAUGUUCUUGUCAGAAUAAAUCUUAUUGGAGGACCACAGGAAAGAAUUUUGCCUUUGAGAGCGCUAGAUAAGGGCAGUGAUCCAUAUCCAUGGCCAAUGUUUUCAUCAUUCCCUUUGCCAAAGUGCUAUCUUGCAGAAGUUCCUAGGAAAGCUGAUUUCAGACAAGAUAAAGUUCUUGACAAGCUGAUAUCAAUCUUACAAAAUCCAGGUGGACAAUCCGAGUGGGCCGAAAUUUGCAGAAGGCAGUUCUGCAAAAUCAUGAAAACCAGACCAGAUACCAUCAGUGGAGCAAUUUUGGCAGAAUUAAUUGAAAAAUUCGUUUUACAUCUUUCUGAGAAUCGAUCAAAUUGUUAUUUCAGUAUGGGAAGAUAUGAAGCCAUAGAUGCAGAUGUGAAGAAAGAAAACCUUUCAUCGGUGCAGCAGCUUGGUAUUGAAAUGACAGUCAGAUAUGGAAAACACCUGAACUUGCUAAAAGAACAUGCUGAAAAUGAGCUGUGCUUCGUGUUAAUGAAUUGUGAGCAGUUUCUGAAACAACAGCAGAGAGCUGUGGUAUCCUCACUUCGCUGUUUGCAGGGAUGUUAUGCUGGCUAUGACUGGUUUGCAUCUUCUGUGUUCCUCAUAAUGUCAGGGGAUGGAGAGAAAACUCUAACAUUUCUUCAGCAGUUUUCUCAUCUUCUUGUUUCAGCGUUUCUCUGGAUACCAAGACUGCAUAUGUCUAUGCACCUGCCUAUUACCACAGUGGAAUCUGGCAUCCAUCCAGUCUACUUUUGCAGUGCUCACUACAUUGAGAUGUUGCUGAAAGCUGAGUUGCCACUUGUCUUCUCUGCCUUCCACAUGUCUGGUUUUACUCCAUCCCAGAUUUGUCUACAAUGGAUAACUCAGUGUUUCUGGAAUUACAUGGACUGGAGUGAGAUCUGUCAUUACAUCGCUACGUGUAUUUUCCUCGGUCCUGACUAUCAGGUUUAUAUGUGUAUUUCUGUGUUCAGACACCUACAGCAAGACAUCCUGAAGCACACUGAAGCCCAAGAUCUCCAGGUUUUUCUUAAAGAAGAAGCACUCCAUGGAUUUCGAGUGACUGAUUAUUUAGAAUACAUGGAAAGCUUGGAGCUGCUCUACAGACCCAUGCUGCUAAAAGACAUGAGGAACAUCAAAGUGCAGAACACGUAGAUCAAGCAUGGCAGAUUUUCUAGCUUUGGUUACAUUCUGUAAAAGAAUGUUGAUUAUUUCAUAUAAAAAUAUGCACUAAAAUAAGUCAGGCUGUGUAUAUGUACAUACUGUAAAAUAAAUAAGGAGGGUUUUCAGAAUAUAGUUUUUACAAAAGGUCUUCUCUGAAAUUGGAUGACCUAAAAAUACAGUAUUUUCCCAGACUGAUCACAUGCAUAGCUUCAUUUUUAUUUUGCAUAAAGUAGAUUCAAAACCCAGACUGUUGAAAUUCUUUCUUCAAAAUGCCUAGAACCUGUUUGCAAAUCAUUGCAUCACUGUCAUAUUCAUGCAGCACAGUCCUAAAACCUUUGUAUUUUGUAUGGGUCUGACAAAGUGAUUUUGUAAAAAUUUUUUUAGAAGCAACAGUGCGUAAUUCAUAUGCAUGAGAAGUGAAUAAAUGAAAAAUAAAUCUCUGUACACAGAUCUUUUGUCUUUGUGAAUAUGGUUAAGAAAGUGGAGUGAUCAAAUGUAUGAAAUGAAAGAAGACUGAUAAUUCUGCCUUACACUUUUUACCAGUGUAGGUAAAAUUUUGACAUUGUUGAAGUUGGCUGAAUUUUAGAACAAACAUGGUUUUCUUGAAGAACGCUGUAUCCCAUUUGCUCUUGGAAAGGCAUCUAAGUAAAUAUUCUAACAGCUUUCUUUUCUGUAUUACAUUAUGUUACUGCUAAGUAUUAUUUAAGAAAUUAAAAAAAUUAAGAAAUGUAACUAUUUGUGCACCAAUUAAUAGUUGUUUUCUGAACCCAGAUUUCAAAGCACCAAACAUGAUGUCGAGUCAAUAAAUAACAGUAAAUUAGAUAGCAAUAUGUGUGUAAAAUUAAUUAAUAAAUAGCAUUGGUUUUCAUUGAAAUUAUGUCCUUUAAGAUGAUAUUUUCUGACAAGGAGGAGAAAUUCCUUGAGCAUUUGCAAGUAGGUAGGUUUUAGAUGGAAAAUAAGAAGUUGUCAUACUGUCCUGUUUUUCAUACAUGUCUUCAUUAAAAUUUAAAAAAAUGAACAUAUUGUGUAGAAAU